AUGCAUGUGAAUACGUUGUCGGAUUUGAAGAGUUUGAUAUUGAGCAAGUUCGGUGGUACAGAAGUGAGGGAGAUCGGAAGGGUGGCAUAUAGGUUGGUGGCACCCAUGGGUAACGCAAUCUUUCAGUUUCGGCUAUUCCGACUUCAAAAAGACGAGCAUGUGCGACUGAUAUUCGACAUUCAUCGGAGGAUCGUGGUGGAGCAGGUAAUGGAGCUUUCCGCCGAGGUGGGACAUAGUGGUUGCGGUGGUUCCAUACACUCGACCUAUGUACAGGACAACCGACCUCUUGCACCACCGUCCAUUCAUGUCGCCAUUCCAGUGAAUGAUGCAAAGGAGGGUGAGGAGGAGUUGGACGAUGAUUACGUGGCGAACAGUGCGGACAGUGAUUCGUCCGAUGGUGGGGAUGAGGAUGAGUUUGUUCCGGAGACACCUACCCAGACUGUGGCGCACCAUGUCCUGCCUCCACCUCAUCCAAUUCCAGCGCUAUCGGCAGUGCCAAGUCACUAUCAUAGUCUGGAUAUGGACGCCAUGCAUGAGAGGACUUCAUUUUCUAACACGGGUGAAGAGGAUUACAACCUAGACGGAGGGGUAGAGUUUCGGGUCGGCCACAUGUUCAGAAGUCGAGAGGCAGUGCUUCAGGGUGUGAAGAACUACAAUAUUCGCAGGAGUGCGGAGUACCGGGUGAUCAAAUCGGACCGGUUAAAGUACCAUGUGCAGUGCCGUCAAGCUGACAAUGGGUGUCAAUGGAGCCUCCGUGUGGGCGCUUCGGCAGAACCUCAGAUACUGGGAAGUUCGGAGGGUUGGCGGAGUACACAGUUGUGUAGUACCCACCAUGUCUCAAGACCAUCGUUAGUUAGACAGCAAUCUGAUCUAUAG